CGCCGCAGUGACAGCGACAGCUCCGCCCGGGCACAGUCGGGCCCAGCCCAGCCGAGCCGCGCAGCCGGACCGGGAGCGGCGCGGGCGGGCCGGUCAUGGCCGACGACUUCGGCUUCUUUUCCUCAUCCGAGGGCGCUGGCGCCGAGGAGGACCCGGCCGCCGCCUUUCUGGCCCAGCAGGAGAGCGAGAUCGCGGGCAUCGAGAAUGAUGAGGGCUUCGGGCCGACCGACGGCGAGGCGGCCGCCGCCCCGGGCGGGCAGGCGGCCCCGCCGGAACAGGGUUUCCAGAAUGGAGGAGCUACUGUCAAUGGAGAUGUCUUUCAGGAAUCCAACGGCCCCACGGAUGCCUAUGCAGCCAUAGCCAAAGCUGACCGGCUGACRCAGGAACCCGAGAGCAUCCGCAAGUGGAGGGAGGAGCAGAAGAAGCGCCUGGAGGAGCUGGAUGCGGCAUCAAAGGUGACUGARCAGGAAUGGCGUGAGAAGGCCAAGAAGGACCUGGAGGAGUGGAACCUGCGUCAGAAUGAGCAAAUGGAGAAGAACCGAGCAAACAACAGGGCCUCAGAGGAAGCAUUCCUGAAGGAGUCCAAGGAGGAGACCCCGGGCUCUGAGUGGGAGAAGGUGGCCCAGCUGUGUGAUUUCAAUCCCAAGAGCAGCAAGCAGAGCAAGGAUGUCUCRCGGAUGCGCUCGGUGCUCAUCUCCCUCAAACAGACACCCCUGUCCCGUUAGCUGUGCCUGGCACAGCUGGGAGCACAGCGGGCAUGUCUGGGCUCACUGAGCCAGGCGGCUUCGGGGGCUGGCCCAGSAAGGGCCUCCUGCUGCCUGCUCCCUGAUCUGCGCCUCGGCUGUGCUCGAGUCACUGGUUGUAUAACUCUCCCCAUGGUUUUCCUUUGCUUAAAAGGUUCAUCGGUCUCUUUUUACACUUAUUUAUAAAUCACGGUGGCAUUUCCCCGGCAAGUGGCACUGGGUGGCAGAGCUGAAUUAGCGGGGAAGCCCCAGCCCAGGCUCUGCAGGAGGUUAUGUCUGAGGGCCUGGCUGAGUGAGCAGGGAACAUCCCCUUCCUGUAUUCCCCACCUCAGCCCUGUGCUGGGAAUAAACCUGCCUGUGUCUCCUGGCCAGCCUCAUGUCCAGGCCUCAGUCCUAGCCCUGAGGCAGGGAUUCCAGUGGGACCCUGGGCUGUUUGCCUUUUCCGCAGGGUUUAGAGCAGAGCUGGAGCAGGGCUGGGAGGGUAGAGAAACAACCCUGGCUCAGCUCCACACUGCUAGGUGCUGCAGGGAGCAUGGCUGCAGCAUGACACUGCCACACUGGCAGGGACUGAGGAAUGUGAGUACAGGCACCCAGGUUGGGCCUGGACUGCCAGCAGCUUCYCCAAGCCCAUCAGAACUCUGCCCAGCCUGGCUAUGCACCCCAAAAAGCUGGUGGGGCUACAGUGUCCAUGUCCCAUCUGUCCUGCAGGGCUGGCAGCACAGUGGUGURGGUCACUGGGAAGGGACUAUGGAGGGAGUGUGCAGGAUGUUUCCUGUCCUUUUCCCAUGAAUGCCAGCAGUUGGGRAUGUGGGAUGCCAGGCUCUGGAGGACUCUUGGCUUUGCUCUGCUCCUUCCCUUGGUACUAGAAUGGGAGAUGGAGGCUGUGUAGUAGCAGGGAAGGAGAUAGGAAGGUCAAGCCYCCCAGCUGCCUAACCCAGGGGCCCAGAGCAGGGUUGGGCAGAGUUCUGGUUCUGAGGCUUGUACUGUCCCUGAGAACAACCUGCACAUCUGUCUGCAGCUGCUCUGCCCCCCUGGAUUUGCCCACCUAAGGCAGUGUGGGGAGAUGCCUCAGACCUGCUCCCUGCUCCAACUUUCUCUCCUCUGCUUGGAAAGAAUGGCACCAGCCCUGGGAACCUGCACAACUCCCGGGUAGCAGGAGAGGGACAGCCUUGAGCUUAUGCCCUGAGUCUGGCCUGUUGGGGGCUUGGGAAGGGCUUGCAGCAGCUGGGGGGACAUAGCUGAGGGGACAUAGAGCAGAGCCCACAAAACACUUGAGCCCCUCUGCAGAGCCCUGCUCAACUGGAAUUCAGGUGUUUGGAGCUCUCCUGCCCUGCAGCUGUGGCUCCAGGGCCAGAAUGUCACCUGUCCGACUGCUGCAGCUGCGGGAGCUGUGCCUGGAGACCCGUGGCUCUGCGGCAUGAUCCCCCCGAUGGGCUGGGAAGGGAAAUGGAUAUGUAGGGAAUCACCYGCUGUUGUGUGUUGGGACUGUGCCCCUGCCCAUAGGGCUGAUGGUUCCUGCCUGGCUGCCCUGAGCUCCAGCAUGCGUAGGCAGCUCUGCUGUGCUGCAGGACACCUUGGGACUUGGCUGCCUGCCUCAGCCUUUCAUUGCAGAGCAGCGGGAAGCACUCCUGGCUGCUUCUGGGGGCAGUGUGCCCCUCUGCCCCGUGCUCUAUCCCUCCAGACCCUGCAGGCGGCUGGGCCCCUGAGUCCCUCAGCUGCCAUGUGCUCCAUGUCAGGCUGGGGCAGCUCUYGGGGAGCCAUGCCCACAGCUGUUCUACAUCCCCUCGGCUUUGGUAUCUGUGACUGUCCAAAUUACCUGUUACAAUAAACCGACAUCUCCAAUCCUA